AUGUCGGUUGACGGGAAAGUUGCCAUCGUCACCGGCGCCGGCGGCGGUCUAGGCAGACUGUACGCCUUAGCGCUGGCGAAACGAGGCGCCAAAGUGGUGGUCAACGACUACGGCGGUACUCUCGACGGCCAGGUGGGCACCAGUGCUCGGGCAGAGGCGGUGGUCGAAGAGAUCAAGGCGGCUGGGGGCAUUGCCGUGGCCGAUCCCCACGACGUCUCGGUGGCCGAUCAGGUCAAGGAAAUUGUCGCCACCGCGGUCAGGGAGUUUGGCACCGUGCACAUCCUCAUCAACAACGCUGGGAUUCCCGGCAAGAUCUCGCCCCAUGACAACGUCGACAAGGACACCUUUAUGAGGGUGUUGGAGAUUUCCGUGCUCGGAACCACGCUCAUGACCAGUGCAGUGUAUUCGUUGAUGGCGAAACAGAAGUAUGGCCGUAUUAUCAACACCUCUUCCAAUGCCAUCUAUGGCUUCGGCGCCGGCGGAGAUUGUGCCUACAGUGCCUCCAAAGGGGCCAUCUUUGCCAUCACCCGAGAGCUUGGGAGGUGGUCGGAGCGGGACGGGAUCAAACUCAACGGCGUCAUGCCGUCGGCGGCUUCGAGAAUGGCAGACAUGUCCGAAGGGUCAAAGAAGGUCACUCGCACCUAUUUCCAACCAGAGGGCGUCGUGCCGUUUGUCAUCGCUUUGGCCUCGGAAGAGUGUCCCGUGUCAGGCGAACUCUUCUCAUCGAGUGCUUUCAGAGCUGCUCGGGAGACGUUUGCCACAUUUCCCGGGGUCAAAUCAGAAACCCCCGAAGGCUUCCUCCAACAGUUUGACAAGGUCUUGGGCAAGGAUGAAACCCCAUAUCUUGCCACAAGCACGAUUGAUCACGUGAAAUAUGUGGUCCGAAACGCUCAUGGCGUGGAGAUGGAGGAUGUGGCAGAUUUUGGUCUGGCAAAGUAA